AUGGCCGGCUACGAUGACAGAGCCAAGGCCAUUCACCGGGGGUUCUUUGGAACCGCCGUCUCAGACUCUCUCGGACCGUAUCCUUCGGUUAGGACGCCUCGUUGGGACAGCUUCAUGACGAACGACCACAGCCCCGUUGGGCGUGGUCUGAUGAGCAGAGCACGCCCACGAACGAGAUCAUAUGCUCAAGGUCUCGAUCUGUCUUGGGGCAGACACUUUCUGCAAAAUUAUGAUAUAGACGAAGGUGUUUCUUCCUCGCAGACCUUCUCUGCCUUUGACCUCGAGAACGACGGGAGCACCACGGUCAAGUCUUACUUCAUACCCACCGUGAAGGCCUCCUCUCUGGGCAUAUCGAAUUUGGACCUGCUUGCUCAAAGAUGCCAUGCACCCACUGAGCAGCCGGCUGUGGAGAUAGUCGCAAUAGACUGCGUUAACGCGGCCGAUUCCCGCGUCAAGGUCUACAUCCGGUCCAAGAAUACGACCUUUGGCAGCAUGAUGGACGUCGUGAGCUUAUGCGGACGACUCCCCUUCCUCACCGAUACCGUCAUGUCCUCGCUCAAGGAACUCUGGGUUGCGGUCUUUGGUUCUGGCGCAGAAGACGACGCGGGUGCCUUGUCGAGGCCGCUGCCCACCAUACAUCAUCGCACCAGCCGCAUCAUACUACCUAGAGCUGAACCCGAUGCUCCGCUCCCAAAGCCAAAGGUUUACCUGCCUGAUCGCCAUUACGCUCGGGAAGACGACCAGGUUGCACGCGGUUCAUCGGGCUUCUUGGAAAGGAGAGGCAAGUCCUCGGCAAAUGGUGUGACGUAUUACGAAGGAGUAAAGAGUCUGUAG